GUGCUGCAAAUGAAUCUCCUUCCUCCAUCCAAGUCAUGGGGUCAAGGUCACAGCACCAAAAGCGUAUCGCCAAAUUUCCUCCCAGAAGAGCUUAUAACCAUUGUGCUUUCUUUACUUCCUGUCAAAUCAGUCACUCGACUGAGGUGUGUUAGUCCGUCAUGGAACUCUUUCAUCACUGAUCCCACCUUCGUCAAACUACACCUCAGUCGAUCUUCUCCAAACGACCGACUCACCCUUGUUUACACUCCUGAUUGCGCAGAGGUAUCCUUCACUGUAAUUUCUUUGUUACAGAAACCUCCUAUCACUGUCAAAAUUCCAGCAGAUCCUUACCGUCAUCUCAGAAACACUGAUUGUUUCUAUAUCAUUGGUUCCUGCAAUGGACUUAUAUGCUUGUUCGGUCAAUGUUUCACUGCUAUUAGCUGCCAGGAGAUGUGGUUUCGUUGCUGGAAUCCAGCCACAAGGACAUUAUCGAAAAAAUUCCGGUACUCUCCUGAUCAACUGUUCCCUUUUACCUACCCUCCUCAUCUGGUGUUUGGUUAUGACCAAUCGUCAAACACAUAUAAGGUGGUGUAUUUAGUUCCUAAACGAAAAUAUACAAAAGUUUAUAGGUUUGGCGAUAAUGUUUGGAGAGAUAUUCAAAACUCUCCUGUGGAUCAUGAUUAUGCGAUUCAUCUUGUGAUUGUGAGGGGCACAGUUAAUUGGUUGGCGAUUUCUAGGUACUCUGCGUUUCGUUAUAAUUGCAAGGCUAUUACUAUUGAUCAGUUCGUGAUUAUAUCGCUUGAUUUCAGCACUGAGACUCAUACUCAGCUUCGACUUCCUGGUGGUUUCAAGGAAGUGCCAUUUGUUGCACCAAAUCUAAGUGUUUUAAAUGAUAGUCUUUGUUUUUCUCAUGAUUUCCAGCAAACUCAUUUCAUUAUAUGGAAAAUGAUGGAAUUUGGAGUGGAGAACUCUUGGAAUCAGUUUCUGAAAAUUAGUUAUCAAAGUAUUGAAAUCUAUGAUCAUCUUAAUAACUCUAACUUUCAUAUGUUACCGGUGUGUCUUUCGGAAAAGAGUGAUAAUAUAUUAUUGACUAAUAGUCUUGAAACUCAAUCAAUUCUCUAUAAUUUGAGAUAUAAUACUGUAGAGAGAAUUAAGAAGACUGGAUGGUUGAAUGGCUGGAAGUAUGUUGAAAGCUUGGUUACAUUUCCCUAAAAGCUUUGUAUUCAUGGCAGCAUGAUUGAAGGUUGUUGCAGCAUACUUCAACGUUGAUCAUCUUGGAUGCAUGCUAUGUUAUGGUUCUUGUGUGUCUUGCUUUUAGGACAUUGUUGUUAUUAGUCCUUUUUGGUUGUAUUUGAACUUCUCCUUUUAUUUCCUAUUGCACAAUUUGUGUUUCAAAGGGAGUUAUAUUAAUAAACUUUGAUGGUAGAAAAAAACAAACA